AAUAUAGAUCCGGCCUGAGCUUAGCUGCGGUCACUCCUAGCUGCUCAGCAAACACCACUGAGGUUCUUGGGAAAAAAUAUCUCAAGGUAAAAUAGAAACAGAAAAAAUAAUGUCAGAGCACAGCAGGAAUUCAGAUCAAGAAGAACUCCUUGAUGAAGAGCUUAAUGAAGAUGAAAUUUUGGCCAACUUAUCCCCCGAAGAACUGAAGGAACUGCAAUCGGAAAUGGAAGUCAUGGCCCCUGACCCUAGCCUUCCCGUGGGAAUGAUUCAAAAAGAUCAAACCGACAAGCCACCAACAGGAAACUUUGAUCACAAAUCUCUUGUUGAUUAUAUGUAUUGGGAAAAGGCAUCUAGGCGCAUGCUGGAAGAUGAACGUGUUCCUGUCACCUUUGUGAAAUCUGAGGAAAAGACUCAAGAACAGCAUGAAGAAAUAGACGAAGGUAAUAAAAAUAUGGCCCGAUUUUUCAAAGAAAAGCUCAAUAAUGAAAUAGCUGCAAAUAGAAGAGAAUCAAAGGGCAGCAACAGUGUCCAAGAAACGGAUGAUGAUAAUGAAGAUGAUGAAGAGGAAGAUGGUGAAGACAGUGAUGAAAACACAAAAGGAGAGGAGGAAGAUGGAGCAAAGGAACAAAUCAGAAAUUAUAACAGCAAUUGUCAGCAAGUAACUCAUAAAGCACUCGACGAGCAGAGAGACAGACCAGAGGCCCAGGAAAAAAGUGAGAAAAAAAUAUCAAAAUUAGAUCCCAAGAAGUUAGCUUUAGAUACCAGUUUUUUGAAAGUAAGUGCAAGGCCUUCUGGAAACCAAACAAAUCUAGAUGGGAGCUUGAGGAGAGUUCGACAAAAUGAUCCUGAUAUGAAGGAACUUAACCUGAACAACAUUGAAAACAUCCCCAAAGAAAUGCUACUCGAUUUUGUCAAUGCAAUGAAGAAAAACAAACACAUCAAAACGUUCAGCUUAGCAAAUGUAGGUGCAGAUGAGAGUAUCGCCUUUGCUUUGGCUAACAUGUUGCGUGAAAAUAGGAGCAUCACCACUCUCAACAUUGAAUCCAAUUUCAUCACAGGUAAAGGAAUUGUGGCCAUCAUGAGGUGUCUCCAGUUUAAUGAGACCCUCACUGAACUUCGGUUUCACAAUCAGAGGCACAUGUUGGGGCACCAUGCUGAAAUGGAAAUAGCCAGGCUUUUGAAGGCAAAUACCACUCUCCUGAAGAUGGGCUACCAUUUUGAACUCCCCGGUCCCAGAAUGGUGGUCACUAAUCUGCUCACCAGGAAUCAGGAUAAACAAAGGCAGAAGAGACAAGAAGAACAAAAACAGCAGCAACUCAAAGAGCAGAGAAAGCUGAUAGCCAUGUUGGAGAAUGGGUUGGGGCUGCCUCCUGGGAUGUGGGAGAUGUUAGGAGGACCCAUGCCAGAUUCCAGCAUGCAGGAGUUUUUCCAGCCGCCUCCUCGGCCUCCCAACCCUCAAGCUGUCCCCUGUAGUCACCACAAUGAAAUGAUGAAAAAGCCAUUGCAGCCCCCACAGUGCAGGACAGACCCUGACUCCUUCCGGGUGGUGAAGCUGAAGAGAAUCCAGCGCAAAUCUCGGAUGCCUGAAGUCAGAGAAUCCCCCGAGAAAACCAACCUCAAAGAUGUAAUCAAAACACUCAAACCAGUGCCGAGAAAUAGGCCACCCCCAUUGGUGGAAAUCACUCCCAGAGAUCAACUCUUGAACGACAUUCGUCACAGCAAUGUCGCCUAUCUGAAACCUGUGCAGCUGCCAAAAGAACUGGAGUAAGAGGCAACGGAAUCAUCCAGAAGAAAAGGAAAUUGAAAUAAUGACUCGAAUCAGAGCAUGGAGAUUAUUUCAGCAGUAUUACUUCUGGAUACAGGUGGCAGAACUAGAAACAAUGCUAACAUCUGAUAGGGGUAUUUGUAAAAGGCAGAAUGUUUGGGCCACGACAAAAUAGAAGAGGAAAGCAGAAGGAGAUAAAAUAUCCAGAGGCCACAUUUUCUACUUCCAGUCAAUUUGAGUGACUUAGAUGAAAUUUAGUUGUGUUUCCAGAAGCUGAAGUUAAAAUGUUUUGUGGGGAAACAUUCACUUUACUUUUGCUUUCUUCUGGUAAAUAACAAUAAACAAGACGAAAGUGUUAACUAUCAUGAUGCCAUUUUUUAUCCUUCCAUUUCCUCUGUAUUCAUUACAAAG